AGCUGCAAACCAGAAAAGUCAGUACCUUUUUGUCGUUGGUUGCAUAAACGCCUGGUGUUUCUCUGACAGAACUCACCUGCCGAGUCUGAAUGCCAGAAAAAAGUGGUUCAUACUAAGUGAGAGGCCCAACAACCAAGCAUCAGGAUUCAAGAACUCAGAAGGUUCUAUAAGAAAAAAAGACCUAGCACCCUGUCCUCCUAGCAUUCAUGAUGAGACUGUUAGGGACUUCCUUUGAAAAAAAGACAAAAACACCCAGAAUAUAGUACUUAUAAUCAGAGGAGGCAAUAGCCCUAUCAAGAGCUCUCCUGCGUUCAAUGGUUCCUUGAUUGAAACUCCCGUUGGCUGAGCCAGAUUGGUGCUGGAGGCUGGUCUCCAGCUGGUGCUGAUGUUCCGAAUCUGCGUUUGCUUCCUGGCAGGUUACCUGGCUAUGGUGAUCGCCGCGUGUGUGCUCAACUUUCACAGAGCCCUUCCUCUCUUCGUGAUCACCGUGGCUGCCAUCUUCUUUGUGGUCUGGGAUCACUUCAUGCCCAAAUAUGAGCAUCGAAUGGAAGAGUUCCUGUCUCCAGGCAGAAGGCUUCUGGACAGCCAUUGGUUCUGGCUGAAGUGGGUGAUUUGGAGCUCGCUGAUCCUGGGAGUUAUUCUCUGGCUGACCUUUGACACCGCCAAACUGGGCCAACAGCAGCUGGUGUCGUUCGGUGGGCUCCUGAUGUACAUCAUCCUGCUGUUUCUAUUUUCCAAGCACCCAACCAAGGUUAACUGGAGGCCUGUCUUUUGGGGAAUUGGGUUACAGUUUCUUCUUGGGGUCAUAAUACUAAAGACCAACCCUGGAUUUAUGGCUUUUCAGUGGUUGGGGGAACAAAUUCAGACCUUCCUGGAGUACACUGAUGCUGGGGCUGCCUUCGUCUUUGGGGAGAAAUACACAGACCACAUCUUUGCAUUUAAGUACCUGCCAAUGCUGGUUUUCUUCCACGCUGUCACGUCCAUGCUCUUCUACCUCGGAUGGAUGCAGUGGAUCAUUAGAAAGAUUGGAUGGGUCAUGCUGGUUACUAUUGGAUCAUCUCCUGUUGAAUCUGUCGUUGCUGCUGGCAACAUAUUCUUCGGAUAUACAGUGGCUCCACUGCUGGUCCAACCGUAUUUACAAGGCACCACCAGGUCUGAACUCCAUGCAAUCAUGACUGCUGGGUUCUCUACUAUUGCUGGAAAUGUCUUCGGCCUAUACACUUUUUAUGGGAUUUCACCCAUCCACUUGUUAACUGCUUCAGCUAUGUCAGCGGCCGCAUCAUUGGCUGUGGCUAAACUCUUUUGGCCUGAGACGGAAACACCUAAAAUAACCGUGGAGAUUACCAUGAAAAUGGAAGUUGGUGAUUCGAGAAAUCUUCUAGAAGCCGCAUCACAGGGAGCAUCCUCAACUAUCUCCUUGGUGGCACACAUUGCUGUGGGUCUCAUUGCCUUCCUGGCCCUGUUGUCUUUUGUGGAUGCAGCCCUGUCCUGGUUUGGAAACAUGUUUGACUACUCACAACUGAGUUUUGAGAUAAUAUGCUCCUAUAUCUUCAUGCCCUUUUCCUUCAUGAUGGGAGUGAACUGGCAAGACAGCUUCAUGGUUGCCAAACUCAUAGGUUAUAAGAUAUUCUUCACUGAAAUUGUGGCCUAUGAGCGCCUCUCAAAAAUGGUGUAUUUAAGGGAAGAGGCUGGACCCAAAUUUGUGAAUGGUGUGCAGCAGUAUAUGUCGAUUCGUUCUGAGACAAUUGCCACUUAUGCUCUCUGUGACUUUGCCAAUAUCGUUUCCCUAGGAAUAGCAAUCGGCUCACUCACAUCCAUGGCUUCUUCCAGAAAGCAUGACAUCGCCUCAGUGGCAGUGAGAGCUCUGAUUGCAGGGACCAUUGCCAGCUUCAUGACAGCCUGCAUCGCAGGCAUACUCUCCAGCACUCCUGUAGACAUCAACUGCCAUCAGUUUUUAGAGAACGCCUUCCACUCCAGCUCACCUAAAAACACAACUGAUGUAGUGUCUUGUUGCCAGAGUCUAUUGAGCAGCACUGUUGCCAAGGGUCCCGGGGAAGUCAUCCCAGGAGAGGACCACAGCCUGUAUUCUUUGAAGAACUGCUGUGAAUUGUUGAUUUCACCAGCAUUGAACUGCAGUUGGAUCCCUAAUUAAUUUUGAGUUCAGCCAGUUCUCCAACAGAACUCUAAGUACAGAUACUAACCUUUCUGCUUUGGGGAGAAAAAGAAAAGCUGUUCUCCACAGAUUGAUACUUCCAUCAUGGAAUCAGCUUUAACUGGAAAGAAGAAAAAUAGGAGUAAACCCUUCAGAUCUAGAGCAUCUUCCUCCUCUCCUCAGCCCCUUCCCUGCUGAGAACUACUAUUGUGUCCCAAAGUGAGAUGGUGUCUCCAGUCCCAAAAAUGUUUUCUGACCUUAGAAUUUCAGAACAUUUAACCAGAACACAAGUAUAAAUGAUGGCUCACCACAACUGGGCUACGACUCAGCCAACCCACUGUGAGUCUCUAAGUACUCCAGAGUGACUCAUUUUAAAAACGUCUCAGGUGAAGUCUCUCUGCAUUCACGCUGGCUGACCUGAAAUAGCCUAAACUUGAAUCUCACAUGGAGGAGGACCGAUCACAUAUCACCCACUCAUUCUCUGCCCUGAGGAAGUCCUGCAGAAGUCAGGAGUCCUUCAGGAGAGAGCCUAGACCAUUCCAAAGCUAGGUUUUAAGUCCUGUGUGCUUAAACUUAUACCAGUCUGCUUAAGCUGAACUAUACUGCAGUAAUAAAUAAUUCAAAAACC